AUGACCGAAAGUUCUGCACCAAAGAAGGAAGUCUACAGGCCUCCAUCGCAGAGAAACGGCUCAGGAACUUCUGAGGGUAACUCUUACAGCGACCGCCGAUACGACGAUCGGCGGUCUAACUACGAUCGUGGAUACGGGGGCGGCGGCUACGACCGGGGAGGAUAUGGUAACAGCCGAGGCGGUUACGACCGAUACGAUCGAAGAGACAAUGGCUACGACCGUCGCGACAACGGUUACGGCAGAGACAGAGACUACGACCGACGAGAUUACGGUCGCCGGGACGACUACGAUCGACGAGGACCACCACCGCGAGACUCUUACCGAGAUGAUCGUGAACGGAGAGAUUUUUAUGAUCGACGAGACUGUCCGCCUAGCUCUUCUGGGUACGAUCGUCGACCAGACGACCGUCGGCCCGCUUCGCGCAACUCAAUGCCCGACUUUAUGGAACCAGACGAGAGCUGGUCCGCGCUUCAGCCCAGAGACGAGAAGCUCGAGAAGGAGCUCUUCGCUGGCGUAUCUAGUGGAAUCAACUUCGACAAAUACGACGAUAUCCCCGUUGAAACGUCUGGUGAAAAUGUCCCCGCUUGUAUUGACGAUUUCAUCUCUGCUGAGCUUGGUCCUAUCAUUACUGAAAACGUUAAGCUCGCUCACUACACUGUCCCUACCCCUGUUCAAAAGUACGCUGUCCCUAUUAUCCAUGCUGGGCGAGACAUCAUGUCCUGCGCCCAAACUGGUUCGGGUAAAACUGCGGCAUUCCUCAUGCCAAUGUUGUCCAAUAUCUUCCACAAUCCUGGAAAGAUCCCUCGACACCAGAGCCGCAAAGCCUACCCUCUCGCUCUCGUCCUUUCCCCUACUCGGGAAUUGACAAACCAAAUCUACCAGGAAGCCCUUAAGUUCGCCUACAGAUCCAAGGUCCGUCCUUGUGUUAUUUAUGGUGGAGCCGAUGUUGGGGAGCAACUGCGAGAUCUCUCUCGCGGCUGUCACCUUUUGGUUGCUACCCCUGGUCGAUUAGCAGAUUUCCUCGAACGAGGAAAAGUUGGUCUUGAAUUCUGUCGCUUCCUCUGCUUGGAUGAAGCUGAUAGAAUGUUGGAUAUGGGCUUUGAGCCCCAGAUCAGAAGGAUCAUCGAAAAGGAUACUCUUCCACCCAAGGGUGAUCGACAAACCCUCAUGUUUUCCGCGACAUUCCCCAAGCAGAUCCAAGCGCUUGCGUCUGACUUCCUUGAUAACUACAUCUUUUUGGCUGUCGGUCGCGUUGGAUCUACUUCGGCGAAUAUUACUCAACGAUUCGAGUAUGUCCAGGAAACUGAAAAAGUCCGAAAGCUCUGUGAGCUUCUUGAGAACGGUCAAGGAGCAGAGAUGCUGACAAUCAUCUUUACAGAGACGAAGAAAGGAGCCGAUUAUCUCGACCAUUUUCUUCAUGAGCGUGGAUACCACUCUACGUGUAUCCACGGAGACAGAAACCAGCAAGAACGAGAAGAAGCCGUUCACUUGUUCAAGACUGGUCAAACACCAAUUUUGGUUGCCACUGCUGUUGCUGCUAGAGGACUGGACAUUCCAAAUGUCCGUCAUGUUAUCAACUUUGACUUGCCAAGUGAGAUUGACGAAUACGUCCACCGUAUUGGACGUACUGGACGUGCUGGUAACACUGGCUGGGCCACAGCAUUCUACAAUGAAAAGAAUGCCAAGAUUUCGGAUGACCUCUUGCAGUUGCUUACGGAAGCAAAGCAAGAAGUCCCCUCGAAGCUGAAAGAUAUUGCGCGGGCCUAUCGGGACAACCGACCCGUCAGACCGAACGGUGGAGUAUACGCUCGCUCCGCUGCCAGACAAGCGCCUUACGGGGCAACUGAUAUGAGAUAUGCAAACAAGGAAGAACCUCAGGAUAAAGUGAAGGUGCCACAGGCGAAUCAGGGAAGCAUCCGAAAGACUGUUACGACUACGGCUGAUAGCGACGAAGACGAUUGGUUCGGAGACGAUUAA